UCUUCCUGCUGCAUCUGAGUCUGUGAUACACUCCUCUGCAGGCAAGUUCUUUCUGCUAGCCUUUUAUCCUCUGUGUGUUCUAGCUUUAACUCUAGCUUUGUUAACUGUAGAGAGUAGUUUGAAUUUACUAAAUAUUAGUAUUGGUUCUAAGAAUGUUUGUCUACUGAAAAACCUGAAAUUUACAUUUUAGAUGCUAUAUCCAAGAGAGAAAUGGGUAGAACCUGUAAUAAUCAAAAUUAUGUAAGGAAUUCUUAGACCCUUGAUACACGUAUUUAAAUAUUGACUUCCUCCUCUUGGUACAGUUAAUUUGUUUAUAGUGUAAAGCUUUCUUGUAAUGAAUGCUUGUCUAUGGCAUUUAAUUAUCCAAUGCCACUUCUUUUUAUUACUGCCAAACUCUUCUCUUAAAUUUUCUUUCCUUCCUCUCAAAGAUGAGUUAAAAGUAGUUUUUCUCAGUUGAUUUUGAGACUUGAUCUGUGCCUUUGUGUAGCAUAUAAUCCACCUCUGUAGCUGUGCACAGGUUUUAUUGACAGAACUUUAAAUUUUUUCAGUAAUGAUUCAAAGUCUACUUGGUUGUUUAUGAAAUGUUAACUAACAUUUAAUUCUAGUUAACAGUCAGUUACUAAAACGCUAUUUUGAAUCUAUCAUAAAACUUGCAUUAACUCUGAGAACACUGGCAUUCUCUAACUUUCCUUUCUGUCCAUGGUCACAGAAAAAAUUAUGGACAUGAAGGAGCAGCCAGGUAACACUGUUUCCACUGGUCAAGAGGAUUUCCCAUCUCUCCUGCUUGAAACUGCUGCUUCUCUUCCUUCUCUAUCUCCCUUCUCAGCUGCUUCUUUUAAAGAACAGGAAUACCUUGGUAAUUUAUCAGCAGUAUUACCCACCAAAGGAACACAUCAAGAAACUUCAAAUGAAGCUUUUAAAGCAUUCUCAGAGAAGGCAAAAAAUCCAUUUGUAGACAAAGAUGUAACAGAAUUUUCAGAAUUGGAAUACUCAGAAAUGGGAUCAUCAUUCAGUGGCUCUCAAAAGGUAGAAUCUGCCAUAAUAGCAGACCCUAGGGAAGAGAUAAUUGUGAAGAGUAAAGAUGAAGAAGAUGAUUUAGUUAGUAAUAACAUCCUUCAUAAUCAACAAGUCUUACCUGUAGCCCUGACUAAAUCAGUUAAAGAGGAGGACAAAAUUGUGUCUCCAGAAAAAACAAAGGACAGUUUUAAUGUAAAGGGAAUUAGAGCAGAAGCUCCUUUGAGGGAAGAAUAUGCAGACUUCAAACCAUUUGAACAAGUAUGGGAAAUAAAAGAGACUUAUAAGGAAAAUAGUGAUGUGUUGGCUUCUGGAGGUAAUAUAGAGGGCAAGUUAGAAAGUAAAAUGUAUGAGAAAUGUUUUGCAGGUAACCUUGAGCAAAUGAGUCAUGGAAAAGAUAGCGAAAGCAGUAAUGAUGAUACCUCUUUUCCCAGUACACCAGAAGCUAUAAAGGAUGGUUCGGGAGCAUAUAUCACAUGUGCUCCCUUUAACCCAGCUGCAACUGAAAGAAUGUCAACAAAUAUUUUUCCUUUGUUGGAGGACCGUGCUUCAGAAAACAAGACAGAUGAAAAAAAAAUAGAGGAGAAGAAGGCCCAAAUUAUAACGGAGAAGAAUACUAGCACCAAAACAUCAAAUCCUUUCCUUGUAGCAACCCAGGAUGCUGAGACAACAGAUUAUGUCACAACAGAUAAUUUAUCAAAGGUGUCUGGUGGGGAAGUAGUGGCAAAUAUGCCUGAAGGCCUAACCCCAGAUUUAGUACAGGAAGCUUGUGAAAGUGAAUUGAAUGAAGUGACAGGUACAAAGGUUGCUUUUGAAACAAAAAUGGACUUGGUUCAGACAUCAGAAACUUUGCAGGAGUCACUAUACCCCGUAGCACAGCUUUGCCCAUCAUUUGAAGAAUCUGAAGCUACUCCUUCACCAGUUUUGCCUGACAUUGUUAUGGAAGCACCAUUAAAUUCCAUCGUUCCUAGUGCUGGUGCUUCUGCAGUGCAGCCCAGUUCAUCACCUUUAGAAGCUCCUCUUAUAGUUAAUUAUGAAAACAUGAAACUUGAGCCUGAAAAUCCACCCCCUUAUGAAGAGGCCAUGAAUGUAUCACUAAAAAAAGUAUCAGGAAUAAUAAAGGAAGGAACUAAAGAGCCUGAAGGUGCUCAAGAAACAGAAACUCCUUAUAUAUCUAUUGCUUGUGAUUUGAUUAAAGAGACAAAACUCACUACUGAACCAAUGCCAGAUUUUUCUAAUUAUUCAGAAAUAGCAAAAGUUGCACAGCCUGUGCCUGAUCAUUCUGAGCUAGUUGAAGAUUCCUCACCUGAUUCUGAACCAGUUGACUUAUUUAGUGAUGACUCAAUAUCUGACGUUCCCCCCAAACAAGAUGAAGCUGUGAUACUUGUGAAAGAAAGUCUCAUUGAAACAUCUCAGUCAAUCAGCAAACAGGAAAGUAAGGAAAGAUUCAGUGCUUCACCACUUCCUGAGGUGGGAAAGCCAUAUUUAGAAUCAUUUCAGCCUAAUUUAGAUACCACAAAAAGUACCUUAUCACCUGAUGAAGUUUCAACAUUGACCCAAAAGGAGAAAAUUCCUUUGCAGAUGGAGGAACUCAAUACUGCAGUUUAUUCAAAUGAUGGCUUAUUUAUUUCUAAGGAAGCAAAAAUAAGAGAGAGUGAAACAUUUUCAGAUUCAUCCCCAAUUGAGAUUAUAGACGAAUUCCCUACAUUUGUCAGUUCUAAAACUGAUUUUUCUCCUCAGAUAGUCAGGGAAUACAGUGACCUAGAAGUAUCCCACAAAAGUGAAAAAGCUAAUGUCCAGGAUGGAGCUGAGUCAUUGCCUUGCUCACAUUUACCCCAUACUCUUUCUUUCAAGAAUGCACAACCUAAAGAUGAAGAUGAAGUCUGUGUCUCAGAUAAAUUUUCCAAAGAGAGGCCUGAUACUUCAAAGGUGUCCUUACUGCCUCCAAAUAUUCCUGCUUUGCCCACUCAAACAGAGAUAGGCAGUAUAGUUAAACCCAAAGUUCUUUUGAAAGAAGCUGAGAAAAAACUUCCUCCUGAUACAGAAAAGGAGAAAAGAUCACCAUCUGCUAUAUUUUCAGCAGAGCUGAGUAAAACUUCAGUUGCCUGUUACCAUGCUGCAAUUGUAGAGAAGAGUAAAAAAUUAAGAACAGUUUUUUGGAUUGUACAAUCAACUGUACUACGGGAGUUGGUGCCAUCUAGUGUUGUUGCUAGAAAACAAGGUAUGCAGAAUGCUCUAUAAUUACCAUAUGGAAUAAAUACAUAGUUGGGCAGAGAAAUGUAAAGAUUUACGAAUUUUUGCUUUAUGUUAAUUUUUCAUAUAGCAUUUUUAAAACAGACUAUAAAAUGAUUUUGAAUUUUGACACAUGGUACUGAAUUAAUGCUUGAAUCAUGCUAUUUUAGACAUGAAAUGACUAUGAUUUCCCCGUGUACUUAAGUGAAAGCUAAGAAGUUGCAGAAGGUCUGUGCAAAGCCUGGUGACUAUUACAGUUCCAAAUUUCAAAAUGCUUUGGAUCUUUUGUAAUAUCUGAACAUUUAUUUAGGGUAUAAUA